AUGCCGCUUCCUCGAGAGAUAUUCAACCUGCCACCACCGAAGAGGGUUCGACGACAGUCGCCUACCCACCAAGGAGCUUUGUUCGCUGCAGGCGUCGCCCCAUCAGAUGCUGACAAGUUUGCCUCAAUUCCGCCCUACUGGACGCCUGCCGAGGACUCUUCCUCCGCGGACGUCUACCAUGGGCCCUCCAUUUACGGCGAUAACGCCUGGUCCCAAAGCCAUGGAAUCGGUCAAUUAGAUCAGAGGCUCGGGAAAGCCCUGCCUAUGGACGAUUCAUUUGCGUUCAACUUCUUCCAGCCUACUGCGCAGGCGCCCCCUCCCCCAGCAUUGAGCACAGUGUCCAGCGUCACAUAUUCUUCCUCUUCCAUUGUCUCCCAGCCUUCAUCUGCUGGCUCCGGUGUAUCACCCACACAGAUUGACUUCCCGUAUGAAUGGCCGACUACAAGCACUGCCUCGACAAAGCAUUCCACAACUCAAGGUGCCGCUGAUAGGUCUACUGAUUCUACCGCCUCUACCGCCAGAGCUCAAAGCCGCUUUAUUUGCUUGGGCCACCAAUGCGACGAGACUUUUGACCAAGAACAAGACUUGGCCUUCCAUUUCAAGGCGGUCCACACUCACACAUGCAACUGGGGAGGCUGCGAACAACCCAGCUUUUCUUCAAAGGACGGUCUCACCUGGCACGUCAAGCUGGAGCAUCUCGUCGUCUGCCCGGCCCCUGGAUGUACCGAGAGCUCGUUCCAGACCAAACAGAUCCUUGAGAGUCAUUUAAGAUGUGCUCAUCCAGAUACCGAGGGCAAUUUCAAAGGGAAAUCGAAGGAGCCACUUUCGAAGCCGACGCCUCUCGCCCAAACCAUGGCUAUGCCAUCCUCGUCUCACGAUACCAGCAGUUUCCCAGGACUAUUCCAGAAAGAUAGCUUGGAGGAACGAGCUUUAAAGCAGAUACUUUCCGUCACGGUAUCCAAAAAGAAGUGUCGAAAAAAGUUGAGGGAUGUUGUUGAGAGGAGGUAUAGAAGAGAAAGAGCACGCAAAGGCCAAACUUCUCUCGCAGCCGACAGCCCAAGCGACUUGUCCCGGCCUCUCUUGACACAGUUGCUCAAUAACGCGAGUUUCCCUUUAGUGUGGGAGCAUGCAGUUCUACCAUUUCUCUCCGAGUUCAUCCCAAAAUGGUGCGGCCCCAAGCACAGCAUCGACGCCCCUCGCGGUAAGACACCAGGCACGCGGCAAAUCCGCAUCACAAUUGAAGGCGAAUUGCCCUCGCGAGCUCGUAAGAUCAUUAUUGCAGUACACGUCAGGGACCUUUUACCCGAAGCCCAUCGAGACGGCGUCAAGUUACUCUUCCUCAAGGGCUAUGUUGGACGAAGUGUCUGGGCCAGAGGGUUGAGCAAGGAGAUGCCUGAUGAUAUCUGCAUGGCCAAGAACCCAUACUACUUCAAAGACCCGUGCAUGGGCGACAGCAUUGGUAUCGAAGGCGGUGCAGAGUUCGAGGAAAGCACGUCAACAUUAGGACCCUGUCUGCUCAUCGGUGGCGGCAGCUACUGGCUUGCCAACUUCCACCCCUUCGUGGAGGCAUACCAGAACUCGAAGUCGGUCAUCGUUCAACACCCAUCCCCCAACGACCGAGCCCGUUGUGUAGAAGAAAAGCACGAUACGCUGCCUGAGACAGACUUUGCUCUAGGUAGCCUCGCCGCCACAUCGGGACUCGACCUGAAGACGACUCGCAUUUCACAUCACCCCUACUGGGAAGACUGCGAUAAGGAGCCCCCUCUUAUCGCGACUGAUUGGGUUCUCGUCGCUUCCAAGACCAGUCAAGCCAAUAUUCUCCGCCGAUUCCCCUCGGAGACCAUGCCUCUUCUCAAAGAAACACCAAUCAAGACAACAAGCGCCGUUGUGCCAAGUGCCACUGUAGUGUCGACGGGUCGAACAUCUGGCCAGCAAAGGGGCGAGGUCUGCGACAUUCCAGCGUACGUCAGCGCCGAGAUGAAUGGUACUGGCAAGGCCACGCGCGAGUGGUUUAUCGAAGAGCCGUGCCCUUACGACGACGAAGAAGGGUGGAUUCGCGGAGGCAUAGGCGUGGAGGGCGACAGCGGCGCUGCCAUUAUUGACGCUGAGAGUAACUCCUUGGUCGGCCAGCUUUGGGGUCGCAAUAGAUAUUGGGGUAGCGGCCCUCGCGUAACGUAUUUCACUCCCAUCGGCGAUCUAUUUGAUGAUAUUCAGGAGAGAUGUGGCGAGCAAGCUCGACCUCAGCUCCCGCAGUAUCGGGAUGAAUCAGAAUGUUAUCCAGUCUACCCCUCUUGUCGACAGUGCUACGACCUACGAACCUACCUCGACAGCCGACGGAGUUCCCGCGAGUCACUUCGGUCCAUGAUCGGGCACAACGAAGGCGAUCACGGAGACUUGACGUCGAUUGGUGGAACAUCAGAGCUGGCGACACCAAAGGACCACGCACUCUGGGCCCGGACCUCUGGCUUCGAGGAACUCGGGUCCUCAUUUACCAGUAUCAUGUCACCUUCCGGCGCUCACCCAUCCUCCCUCACGCCACAACCAGGUACCCCAGGUAUCGUAGAUAUCAAAAGCCCGUACGCCCUGACCCUGAGCGCAGAGGAUCUCUACGGAGACGACUUCACGGGGACGACAGAACGCGGCUCCAGCAAGCGAGCAGCCGCAGUUCCAUUGGCACGAAGUUCAAGUCAUAGUACCAAGAGGCAAAGAUUGCAUUGA